UGCUGAUCUUCUCUGCCGGUGGACAGAUCAUCUGUCCCUUUUGUCUCAUUUCCCACUUGCACUACUAUAUCCUAUAUUUUUCCACACCUUCCUUAUUCCUCCUCCUAACACACCUUAAUUUCUCUCUAAAGCACACCUCUUCUUCUUCUUCUUCUUCUUCUUCUUCUUCCUCCUCCUCCUCAUAACCCCAAAACCCAAAAACUAACCAUGAGUACUGCCUAGCUACCUUCUUUUAAUUUGGAUAUAUAAUUAAACACUCUCUCACAUUUUCUCCAUCAUCUUCUUCCUGCUUGUAAUAAGACUACUCUUUACUAAUCUUCUAGCUUGCUAGAUCAUAUAUCCGUGUAGCUAGCUAUAGCUAGUACUUGUAGUGUAAUAAUGGGUUCGAAAGCACGAAAGAAGCAAAUAUGGUGUGCACAACCAUUGACUCCAUUGAUGGAAGGUCCAGACCCCGAACUGCAAGAAGAAGGAAGCAAGAAAGAGAGUUCUUGGGAAGUGAUCCGUGAAUGGUUCCGAGUGCAGAAAAGUCUUCCAGCAGCUUCCAAUUUCUCAACAUCCUCCUCUUCCUAUCAUAAUAAUGCUACUACUUUGGGCCCUAAUCCUAAGAGACGUGACUUAAGGCUUUUGCUUGGUGUGUUGGGUUGUCCACUUGCUCCAAUCCCACAAGUCAACGACGAAAUUCAUGAUCACCUCCUUCACAUUAAAGACAUCCCAUUUGAAACCUCUAUUGCACAUUAUAUCAUACAACAAUAUUUGGCAGCAACAGGAUGCUUGAAGCAACAAAAGUGUAGCAAAAACAUGUAUGCAAGUGGAAUAGUGAAGAUGAUCUGUUGCGAAACGGAGGUUUCAACUGGAAGAAACGUGAAGAGCCUGGGAACAAGAAGUGGGGAAAAUGGUUGUUUCGUGCUUUGGCAGAUGGUGCCUGGAAUGUGGUCUUUGGAAUUGGUUGUUGGAGGGAAUAAGGUCGUUGCUGGUAGUGAUGGCAAGACCGUGUGGAGGCAUACCCCUUGGCUGGGCACUCAUGCUGCCAAAGGCCCACAACGCCCUCUGCGUCGUAUUAUUCAGGGGCUAGAUCCAAAGAGCACAGCAAGCUUAUUUGCGAAAGCAAAAUGCAUGGGUGAAAAAAGAAUUGGCGACGACGAUUGCUUCGUACUGAAAGUGUCAGCAGAUCCAGCGGCUGUGAUGGAAAGAAGCGAAGGGUCAGCAGAAGUGAUCAGGCACGCCUUGUAUGGAUAUUUUUGUCAAAAGAGCGGCAUGCUUAUCUACCUGGAGGAUUCCCAUUUGACAAGAGUUGAGACCCCAGACAACGACCCCGCUGAGAUCGUCUACUGGGAGACCACCAUUGGAAGCAGCAUCGGCGACUACAGGGACGUUGAUGGCAUCAUGAUAGCACAUCAGGGCCGUUCCAUCGCCACCAUAUUCCGAUGCGGCGAGCUCUCCAUGCACUACACUAGGACCAGGAUGGAAGAGAUCUGGAGCAUUGACGACGUCGUUUUCAACGUCCCUGGCCUUUCCAUGGACUACUUCAUUCCUCCUGCUGACAUAUUACACACCCUACAUUCUCCAUAAUAUAUAUAUAUAUAUAUAUAUAAAUAUCAUCAUCAUCAUCAUCUUGCACUCACUUAACUAGUUCAAGUUUCUUAUGAUUACCCAAUUAGGAUGCUUAAUCUUAGUUUGCUUUUCUAAUUCACAGAAUAUUGGUUGGGAUAUUGAGAUUGGUGUAUUAAUUAAUUACUUUGGGUUAAUCUUCUUUUUCUUUAACUAUUCAAGUGUAAUAUUAAGCUCUUUUCUUUUUUAUUUUUUUAACUUGUUUUUGAGUUAACUUAAACUUAUCAACAGUGAUCUGGUGGGGGUUGGAAUAAGAGUAUUUUAAGUACUUAAAUAA